AUGAAGUUAUGGAGGUGUGCCGCCAUCACCUUGACACUCUGUGGUGCUACACUGUCCGUCUUUCUCUCUAGAAUCCUGCUUCCCCCAAAAGCACCAGUUUCUCUUCACUUGGGAUUAUCAUCAUCAUCAUCAUCAUCACCUGCAUCAUCUAUGUCCUCAAACAGCUCUUCCUCUGGGACUGGUACGAAGUUUCGAAGGGUCAGAUCAGCACAUGGACCCAACUCGGUGAUCUCUCAGUUAAUUCACAUAUUCCAGAGCUUCACCGAAGGAGAGCUGAAGCAAGUCAUCAGCGCCCUGGUGGAGAGGAAGGCACGGAGGGAUGCUAAACUGGGCAAAAGGACUAAACGGGCCAAGAAUGGCGCCAAGCCGUGCUCGCUGCGGGACGUGGAAGUGACGGUCAGCCAACUAGGACUGGGAUACAUCAGCGACGAGAUUGUCCUUUUCCGAUAUUGCAGCGGUAAAUGCACGGCCAGCCGCCGUAACUAUGACAUGACGCUGGCGUUUAUGAAGCGCGAGCGUCUGCUCAUGCGAGACAGUAAGGUGAAGGCUCGACACAGCCCCUGCUGUCGGCCCACAGCAUACGAGCCGGACAUUUCCUUCCUCGACAACCUCAACCGUUACCAUACCAUCCACGACGUCUCCGCGCUGGAGUGCGGCUGUAUAUGA